CUUCAGUGGCCGCAAAUCUACAUAGGAGCUAGCGUUUCCACUGGGAAAUGAAAAAGCUCCUGCAUAAGAGAUCUCCACAGAGCCGCCCGUCUGUGAGCUUGAACUGAGAGGAACCUGUUGAAGUCCCUCGGAUCGGGACAAACCAAAUUGAAGCCAUUUUGAAGACAAAACAAAACAAAAAAAACAAACCUUCCAUUUUGAAUCGGAGUCAAAUAAAGUUCAAGUUCCAAAGGCCUCCCUGGGGACACCCUGCUUGGCAGAGAGAGACAUGUACGUAAAUAACUGACAUCAUGGUUGGCAACUUGAGACAUGAAUGCCAGGCAAGUCGCCAUGCCACAGUUGAAUAACCCAACCAAUGGGAACAGGUACAAGACAGCCAGAGUCUGGAUUUUCUUAAAACAAUUGCUGAAAAAAUUCCUGGAAUUUACAUCCUUUCUAUGGAGAUUGGGAAGGACAUGGUAGAGAAGAUGAAGAAAAAUGACUUGGAUCCCAAUUCCUACAUAUGCCAGACUCUUGCUCAGGAUCCCAAUUUGCAGGAAGGCUAUAUAGCUCUUACAUUCACCUUGGGAGUCCAGUUCCUGAAGACAGUAGCUCAGAAAUGCCAAACACCUCCCAUGAAAGAAAUGAUCGAACUUCCUGCUAAGAAAUUUCUAAGAGACGGGGAGCCACAGGAGAGGAACAGGAGUGUGUUGGUCUGUGUUGGCAGGUGGAUUGACUGUGCUGUGAAGGGACAGCGUGUACACUUACGACUUUCUCCAACUUGUCAAGAAGAUGACUUAAACAACAGCAAUUGGUCCCAUGACAAACCCAUGGCCUGUGGAAACAUCAUGAAUACAGCAGCAUUCGGCUCCCUAUCUUGAACCCUUGAGACACAACCUAACUGCAAAGGUGACCCUGUCUGCAAAGAAGAGCUUGGUCUCCUGCUUACGCCCAUAGCUCCUCCCUUCCUCCCUCUCCUCCUUGCUUGGGAAAGGUUGCCAGUCUGGUAAGAGAGGCAUGCUUGCUGGCUGUGAGCUCCUCUCAGGUUCUCUGAAAUAAACCCGCCUGCA